GAUUCUCCCAAUUUAAAAUCCUUGAAUACCAGACUACAAUAGCACUUUUGAUCGCCAGAGCUUAGAAUUUGUAAUGCACAGGACCUUGACACUUGAAAGUUGAGCAAACUCGAAGGUGCUAUUGCAAUCAGUUCAUUUUGAAUUUUUCAUUGGGAGAUCCAAAUAUUAUUUUUACUUGACAGUGAUUGAAAUUCAGCAUCCACACAUGUACCUGGUGGAAAUCAGUGAUGUAUUGUAUGAGCACAGUUUUAUUGAGGAUCCAUUAAUUUAAUCAUCUUCAAAAAUGUGCAUUAGUUUAUUGUUUUCAUUUAGCUCUUCCUUGGUUUAGGGGGCGUCGUCGGGUUUUCCCAAAUUGGUGUGGCUUCACUUUCAUUUUGAGAAACCCUGUUUUGGAAAAUCAGGCUCAUGCUGUCUAUAUAUUUCGAGCACUACAUCCUUUUGAACAUCAGCGCAACGGUCUCUCUCUGAAAGUGGACACAGUUUGACUGUCUGGGCCACUUGUUACGUGGAGUCUAGCCAUUAGAGCACAUGCUAAACGCAGGGACUCAUCUGCAGUGAAGAAACAUUGACCUCUUCGGGUGGACAAAGGAACUGCAGACAUUGUAGUCGGGCUUUUUGGAACACUCAUCACCCCCAGCCAAAAAUACUGACAUCAUGGCGGAGGCCCAGGGACGGUUUGUGGCAAUGCAGAAGCCAAUCUGUCUCAUUUCGAGUUCCAGCUCAGGUGAAAUACAGGUGGAUCGGGAAGCCCUGGACGUUCUGAACUCCAUCAGGCAGCCUGUGGUGGUGGUGUCCAUCGUAGGCAUGUACCGCACGGGCAAGUCUUACCUGAUGAACAGACUGGCUGGGAAGCAUACAGGGUUCCCCUUGGGCUCCACUAUCCAGUCUGAGACAAAAGGCAUCUGGAUGUGGUGUGUGCCACACCCUCACAAAGAUGACCAAACUCUGGUCCUGCUGGACACUGAGGGUUUGGGGGAUGUGGCAAAGGGAGACCAGGCUCAUGACACCUGGAUCUUUUCCCUGGCGGUCCUCCUGAGCAGCACGUUUGUCUACAACAGCAUGGGCACCAUCAACAAUGAAGCUGUGAUGAGCCUGCACCACGUGACAGAGCUGACCGAGCACAUCAAGGUGAAGUCCAGCGAGGAGAAAGAGGACGUCAUGGCUGAGAAAUUCAUCCACUUCUUCCCCACCUUCGUCUGGACUGUGAGGGACUUCACUCUGGAGCUGAGGAUUGACGGAGAGGCGGUCACUGCAGACGAGUACCUGGAGCACUCCCUGAAGCUGGUGAAGGGCAACUCCAAACACGUGGCUUACAGCAACGGGCCCCGGGAGUGCAUCCGGAGCUACUUCCCGACCCGGAAGUGCUUCGUGUUUGACCAGCCCGCCUCCAAGGAGAAGCUGAGGAUCAUCGAUGAGCUGACUGAUGCCGACCUGGAGCCGGCCUUCGUGGAGCAAACGCUCGAGUUCUGCAGCUACAUUUUCAAGCGCUCCAAAGAGAAGACGAUGACCGGAGGGUAUAAGGUCACCGGACAGAUGCUGGGGAACCUGGCGAAGAUGUACGUGGACGCCAUUCGUAGCGGGAGCGUCCCGUGCUUGGAGAAUGCCGUGGCGGCGCUGUCUAAGAUCCAGAACUCGGCAGCAGUCGAGGAGUCUUUCGCCCUCUACAGGCGGCUGCUGGGAGAGCGGGUGAAACUGCACACCGAGACACAGGAGGAGCUCUCCAGCGCUCACGAGGGCUGCCUGAAGGAGGCGCUGCAGCUCUUCAUGAAGCGCUCCUUCAAGGACGAGGACCAGAGCUUCCAGAGACACCUCAUGGGACAAAUAAAAGCUGAGUAUGAUGGGAAAUGUAGUGAGAAUGCAGUGCUCUCCCAGAGUCACUGCACUGCUCUACUACAACAGCUGUGGUCUCAGAUGGACUACGAGUCAUUCAUGAGACCUGGCGGAUAUGCGGACUACAGGGUCCAGCUGGACUCCAUUGUCCAAACCUACAGAGACACACCUGGGAAAGGUGUACAGGCAGAACAGACUCUGAAGACCUUCAUGAAGGAGAAAAAUGCUCUGGGUGCCUCCAUCCUGAAGGUUGACAGGAACCUCACAGAACAAGACAGGAAGCUGAAGGAGGAGGAAGCUCGUGUGAAGAUGGAGAGAUUUAAGGCAGAGGUGGCCAGGAGGAAUCAGGAAGACGCGAUGAAGCGUUUGGAGGAUGCGGAGAAAGCUCACAGAAAGAAUGAACAGCAGCUGAUGGACAAGUUGGAGAGGGAGCGGCGCGCCAUCAUCGAGGAGAACCAGAGAGUUCUCGACCAGCGCCUGCAGGAGCAGAGAGCGCUGAUCUCCGAGUUGUUCGAGCAAAGGGCGAGGAUGAUGGAGGCUCAGGUGCAGUCCUUACAGCGGGAGUUAGCAGCGUCCAAGAGCAGAGAGGAGGAAGCUCGCAUGGAGAUGGAGAGAUUUAAGGCAGAGGUGGCCAGGAGGGAACAGGAAGACGCGGUGAAGCGUUUGGAGGACGCGGAGAAAGCUCACAGAGUGAACGAACAGCAGCCGAUGGACAAGUUGGAGAGGGAGCGGCGCGCCAUCGCCGAGCAGAACCAGAGAGUUAUCGACCAGUGCCUGAAGGUAUCCCAGCUCACACAAAUGUGUUUCGAGAACGCUGGGGAAUUCUCUGGUUAGAUUUUCACGUGGUCAUGAGACAGCAGUAUGACAUGAACAGAUUUUCC